AUGCAAUCGAAUAAAAAUAAUAAUACGAUUACAAGUGGUGUUUUCAAAGACCAAAAUAUAGAUUCAAUUUCCUCGGGCGACAUAGUCGAUCUUAAUGAUGGUUAUGGCGAUACACAGAUAGAGUUUAUUUUGGGUAAAGUAGACGAAAUCACUGUUAGUAACAUGAAUAGUAUGAAAGAAUCUCUAAAAAAGUGUAUUCAAGAACAUGUUUUAGAAAUUAAAAAUUCUCUCAGUGAAGUUUUAUAUCAUGAAAUGUCGAAGUUUUCUAAUGAAUUAAGAAAUGAUUUUAAUGCACUGAAAACAGCAGUCAUGAAUUGCCAUAUGCACGAGAUGGAUUCUGUCAUAAAUGAUGACAAUAAUAAUAAUAGUGGUAAUAACGGUACUGGUACGAGUGAUGGGAGUAGGAAGAACGAUGGUAGCAGUAAUAACAACAAGAACGUAACCUAUAAUACAAUUACCAAAAGAAUAUUAAAACCACAAGUAGAGCGAAUUAUAAUUAAAGCUCAGAACGUAUCACCAACAACUAAUACAUUAAAUGUAAUAAAAAGUAGUAUUGACGUUAUUGAUCUUGGUAUCAAUAUAAAAAAAGUAUCCUCUGAAUCGAAUGGAAAUGUUAUUAUUGACGUGGAAGAAAAUUCCGAUAAGGUUAAGUUGACUAAUGCUAUUCAUAAUAGACAUGGUGAUGCGUAUAAAGUUAAAGAAAUAAACCAACAAUUUCCUAAAAUUAAAAUUGUUGGUUUUGAAGACAGUGUUGUACAAAUAGAUGAAUAG